GAAGCUAAAAACUCACUAUCUCCAAUUUUUCUUCACGAAUUAGCCUGUAGAACUACUAAAGCGGAAAAAUAUAACCUUAAUCUUGUUAUCAAAUUCGUAUCAAAAAAGGCCUUCUCUAGAGAAGAACUUUCCAAAGAAGCGUAUUGGACUGAAAUGGAUAAAAAUGGAAUGUCUUAUUUAAAGAUGGCAUAUGAAGAGGUAUUAUUUCUCAUCUGCUUUACUGGUAAAAAUAAGUACUUUGGAGUUGGGUAUGAAGAUGUAGUAAACUUUAAACCAAAAAAUCUUUUCAUAAAAGGGAUAGAUACUGUAAAGCAAGGUAAAUCACAGCUUCUUAAAUUCAUCAGAGAGAAGAUAAUGAGAGAGGCUAUGGAUAUAAAUAAUAUGUAUCCAAUUCACAUAAUUGUUAAAGAUACUCUUAGAGAAGCAAGAAACAAGAAAUAG